AUGGCACAGGUGCCCAGCCUGCAGAUAUUUCCUGGUGAUCCACGAGGACAACCAAAACUGGGCGGAAACGUCGACAAGCAACCUGCGCUUGCUCGAGAUCCUGACCGGCCACCAGCACAGCAAACUCUGGGACUCGGUGCGCCAAGACUUUUCGUGAAAGUCCGCCCGGCGGCGGCGUCUGCAACGCGCUUUGACCCAAGGUUCGCGAUCAUCGCGGCCAUCAAGGACGGAACCACGCCGGCGGUUAGUCUCGUAGCCGUGGUGUUCCGCGUCUUGGAGAACCAUGGCAACUUUUAG